UUAGAGUACGUAAUGGGCCUAAUGGGCCCGUUAGUCUUAGGAUUAAUUAGAGAUAAGAGUCGCUUGCUUAGGGGUCAAGUAAGCCUUGCUUGGGAGUCAAGUAAACAUCUUUAUAUAAAGAGGGGAGAUGUAUCAAUUUAAUCAAGCAAGAAUUAAGAAGGAAAUCCCUUCCCUCUUGCCCGGCCGUGGGCAAAAAGGCCCCCGGCCGGCCCUCUCGCGCCUUCCUUCUAGCAGCGCCAUAACACAGGUCGGCUCUCCUGUAAUUAAUUACUAAUGAUGAUGUCUGUUAAGCUUGCAGAAAGACAACUAUUAUGCAAACAUUAAUGCAGCCAUGGACAACAGCAUCUGACGGUGAGAGCAAAGCAAUACGUGCGUCAAAAUAACUGAUUAAAACCAGAAUGCUGACACUUCGCUGUUCUAUGGAGCUGCUUCUGAGGACGCAACCACUCAUUUCCUAAAUUCCCAUCCAAUCCCUGUAUUUAAGAGGUGCUGGAUGGAUCCUCUGCUCGCUGAGGAGCCAACCACUCAUCCCAUCCCUGCAGCGUCUUGACUCCGAUCCAGGCUCUCUUCAAAAAGGAUAACAACACCCAAUGGAUUAUGUGUCCAAGAAAAUGUCCUUGUUGGAUGCAAAGCCUAUCCAAUUGCAUUUGCUAAAGACAAUCACAGAGGAUUUUUCAAAGAAGUUGAAAAUUGGUAGUGGUGGCUAUGGAGAAGUUUACAAGGGAGUGCUUAAUGGGCACGAAAUUGCUAUCAAGAAGCUUUUUCCCGUCCAUGGAGUUGAUGAUGAGGCAUUUGAUAAUGAAUUUCGCAACCUUAAGAAAGUUCAGCAUAAAAAUGUCAUACGGAUGAUUGGGUAUUGCUAUGAGAUAGCACAUAAAGAUGUUGAGUACCAAGGAAAAUUGGUUUGGUCUCAAGUAAUAGAUCGAGCUCUCUGCUUUGAAUAUAUGAAGGGAGGAAGCCUUGCCAAGCAUAUUUCUGCCGAGUCAUGCAUACAUAAUUGGCCGAUCACGUACAAAAUAAUUAAGGGGACAUGUGAGGGCCUCCACCACCUUCAUAAAGGAGGAGAAAAGAAGAUUUUUCAUCUAGACUUAAAGCCGGAUAAUGUAUUGCUGGAUGAAGAAUUGGUGCCUAAAAUAGGAGAUUUUGGUUUGUCCGAGCUCUUUGGGUCCUCGUAUACCCACCAACAAAGCAGCACGAAAGGAACAAUUGGGUUCAUGCCACAAGAAUAUAUACACAAUCGCAAGGUGUCACCCAAGAAUGACGUGUUCAGUCUUGGAGUCAUAAUUUUCCACAUAAUGGCGGGAGAAAAGGGCUACAGCGAUUAUUGGGAUGCGCGCCGUCGUCCAAAUUUUUCCCCAAAAAUUCAACAUAAGUUUAUUGAGAGUGUACAAGAAUAUUGGAAGAAAAAGAUGGAGACAAUGGAAGGUUAUAGAUGGGACGAAACAGAUCUGCUAGGAGUAACGAGAUGUAUUGACAUGGCAAUGCGUUGUGUGGAGGACGACCGAGACAAAAGGCCUUAUAUAAAGGACAUUAUCAACGAGCUCAACAAACUAGAUUCUGAAGUCUCAGAGAUGUUAAAGAAAGAUCCGAAACCACCUAUUGGCCAGCUGAAAAGGAAAAACCGUGUCAAUGAUUUGGAAGCCGUGAAACAGAAUAAAAGCUUCAAAUAUUUGGGAAAAGAUAUUGUGGUUGAUCCAUCCCAGGAGCUUUGUUUCCCUUUCGAGUCAAAUAAGAACACACUAGUAGAAAACAGGGCUUUGGUCCAGGCCGGGUCAGCCCAUUAGUCCCGGUUCAGUCCAGAAC